UUUCUAGGACAAGAUGUUGAUAAAUAUAAAGGGCAUCUUAUGGAUGUGCUCUACCUUAAUAGCCACCCAUGCACUACAUAAAGACCAAAUGGAAAAAAGCCCACCUGUUAAGGGCUCCCUUUCUGCAAAAGUCAACCUACCUUGUCAUUUUUCAACCAUGCCUACAUUACCACCCAGUUACAAUACUACCAGUGAAUUUCUCCGAAUCAAAUGGUCUAAGAUUGAAUUGGACAAGAGUGGAAAAGAUUUGAAGGAAACCACUGUUCUUGUGGCCCAAAAUGGGAAUAUCAAGAUUGGUCAGGGCUAUAGAGGGAGGGUGUCGGUGCCUACACAUUCCGAAGACGUGGGAGAUGCCUCGCUCACCCUGGCCAAGCUGCGUGCAAGUGACGCGGGCUUCUACCGCUGUGACGUCAUGUACGGGAUCGAGGACACGCAAGACACGGUGUCAUUGGCUGUGGAUGGGGUUGUGUUUCACUACAGGGCAGCGAGCAGCAGGUACACUCUGAAUUUUGAGGCUGCACAGAAGGCUUGUUUGGAUAUUGGAGCGGUCAUAGCAAGCCCGGAGCAGCUCUAUGCUGCCUAUGAAGAUGGAUUUGAGCAAUGUGAUGCAGGCUGGCUGGCUGAUCAGACCGUUAGAUAUCCCAUCCGAGCUCCCCGUGUGGGCUGUUACGGAGAUAUGAUGGGGAAGGCAGGAGUCAGGACCUAUGGAUUCCGUUCUGCUCAUGAAACUUAUGAUGUGUAUUGUUAUGUGGACCAGCUGGAUGGUGAUGUGUUUCACGUCACUGCUCCCAAUAAAUUCACCUUCGAGGAGGCUGAGGAAGCAUGUGAAAACGAGGACGCGCGGCUGGCAACGGCGGGGGAGCUCCACGCAGCUUGGAGGAGCGGCUUUGACCAGUGUGAUUACGGGUGGCUGUCUGACGCCAGCGUUCGCCACCCUGUGACUGUGGCCAGGGCCCAGUGUGGAGGUGGUUUGCUUGGGGUGAGAACCCUGUAUCGUUUUGAGAACCAGACAGGCUUCCCUUCCCCUGAUAGCAGAUUUGAUGCCUACUGCUUUAAACCUAAACAGAAUAUAUCAGAGGCUACAACCACCGAACUGAGUGUUCUUGCAGAAACUGCAUCACCCAAUUUAUCUGAAGAACUACAAAUGGUACCUGACAGAACUACACCAAUCGUCCCUUUAUUCACUGAAUUGCCUGUCAUUACAACAAAGUUCCCUGCUGUGGGAAAUAUAGUCAAUUUUGAACAGGAAGCUACAGUUCAAUCUCAAGCUUUCACACACAGAUUAGCCACUGAAUCACCUGCACCUGCCAGGAGUACCAAGAAGCCUUGGGAUAUGGACUUCUACUCACCUGUUUCAGGGCCACUUGAAAAACCAGACAUAUCUGAAAUUCAGGAGGAAGUGCCCCAAAGCACAACUGUCACCUCCCAUCAUGCUACUGAUUCAUGGGAUGGUGUCUUGGAAGAUACGCAAACACAGGAAUCAGUUACACAAAUUGAACAAAUAGAAGUGGGUCCCUUGGUAACGUCUAUGGAAAUCUCCAAGCACAUUCCUUCCAAGGGAUUACCGGUAGCUGAAACACCACUUGUGCCUACAACAAUGACCCUGGAAUCCAGAACUGAGAACAAAAUAGGCAGCACUCUUUCUGAAUCAGUGGGCCACUCUGGAUUCACCUUGGGAGAAGGUGAUGGUGAAGACAGAACAUUCAUAGUUAGACCUGGUCAGAGCACCUUAGUCUUUAGCCAAGUGCCUGAAGUCAUUACUGUGUCAAAGACUUCGGAAGACACUACUCCCAUUCAACGAGAGGACAUGUGGUCAGUCUCAGCAUGGACGACUGUUUCGCCUGUGACUGUACCUGACAGUGAUGAAUCCCUGGAUGACUGGGAAGAGAAACAAACUUAUGAUAGGAUAACUGAAGAUUUUUUUGGCCAGUAUGUGUCUACCACACCUUUCCCAUCACGGCAUCACCCAGAAGUUGAAUUAUUUCCUUAUUCUGGUGAUAAAAGAUUAGUUGAGGGAAUGUCCACAGUUAUUUAUCCCUCUCCACACACAGAAGCAACACAAGGAAGAGAAAGAACAGAAACAAUAAGACCAGAGGUGGGAACAGAUACUCAUACUGAUGAAGAAAUGCAGGAAAAGAUCACCAAAGACCCUUUUCUAGGAAAAGUAGAAGAAGAAGGCAUCUCUGGAAUGAAGUUCUCUAUGGCCCCCACGGAGCAAAUUCAUCUUACAGAGUCUUCAGUAGGAAUGACCAAAUCUUUUGAUUCUCCAGCAUUGACAGCAACAAAGCUGAGUGAGGCACCAACAGAGGCCAGAGAUGUGGAGGAAGACUUUACAAUGAGUCCGGUUGUCUUAGAAAGAGAUAGCUACCAAGAAACUACCAAGUAUCAUGAGGGUGUUACAAUGGUGCAUCCGGUCCACAGCUCUUUAAAUGUGGAGGUGGUCACUGUAUCAAAAUGGUGGUGGGAUGAAGAUAAUGUAACAUCAGAGCCUUUAGGAUCCACGGAACAUACAGGUCAUCCAAAAUUGCCUCCUGCCUUAUUCACCACUGUGGGAGUGAGUGGAAAGGAUAAAGAAACCCCAGGUUUUACUGAAGAUGGUGGAGAGGAAUAUGGUACUAUCCCAGAUAGUACUCACCAGUCAUUAGAGGAGUUUGUGGAGGAAGACACAACAGACCUUGGGAAAUUCACACUUAGAUUUCAGCCAACUGCAUUAGUUGGUAUUGCAGAAAAGUCAACUUUGAGAGACUUUACAACUGAAGGAAUAGUUCUACCUAUCACAAGCACAGAAGGCCAGGGUGUUCAUGCAGCCGCAGAAGGAAGUGCUUUGGAUGAAGGAGAAGAUGUGGUUGCCUCUAAGCCCACACCUACAUUCCCUCCAUUUGCACAUCCUUCAGAUGUAGAAGGAUCAGCAUUUGUUAAUUAUAGUACUACUCAGGAGCCUACUACUUAUGUAGACACUUCCCAUACUGUUCCUCUUUCUGUAAUUCCCAAGACAGAAUGGGGGAUGUUAGUACCUUCUGUUAUACCGGAAGGUGAAGUUCUAGGUGAACCCUCUCAAGAAAUACAUGUCAUUGAUCAGACUCAUCUUGAAGCAACUAUUUCUCCUGAAACCGUAAGAACAAGAGAAAUUACACAGGAAACAACUCAGGAAGAAUUCCCUUGGAAAGAACAGACUCCAGAGAGGCCAGUUCCUGCCCUAGGUCCUACAGUCAGUACAGCCCAGGAGGCAACAAUGCCUGUGGGUGAACCAGAGAGCGAUUGGUCAGCAUAUACCGUCUCUGAAGACAGACCCGUAACAGCUUCUGAGAGAGUCCCAGUUUUAGGAACAACUCCAAUAGGAAAAACUGAGCACAGUAUGUCAUAUCCACCUGGUACUGUCACUGAGCACAAAGUGAAGACUGACGAAGUGACAACACCAACAUCGAGCAUAGAGCCAACAGCAUCUUUAAGUCAAGAGCCUGAACAAAAGUAUGAAACAGAAGGUACUAGUCCAAGGGGAUUUGUAUUGCCUUUCAGCACUGGUGUUACCCAGAUUAUAGAGGAAACCACUACUGGGAAAAGAGAGAAAAUAUCCGUAGAUUAUAUUGAUUUAGGUUCAGGAUUAUUGGAAAAGCCUAAAGCCACAGAACUCCCAAAAUUUUCAACAGAAAAACCCACAGUUCCAAGUGAUCUCACUGCUGCCUUCAGUUCAGUAGACAGACGUUAUACAACGUUAGAAUCCAAGGUGUCUUUGGCAUUCACUGAGAAACCACCUCUCAUUGAUAGGGGGCCUGGUGAAGAAAUAACCGGGGACAUGGUAAUCAUUGGAGAAUCGACAUCUCGUGUUCCUCCCACUACCCCUGAGGAUAUUGUAAUGAAGGAAACAGAAAUUGACAUCGAUAGAGAGUAUUUCACUGCUUCAAGUACUCCAUCUUCUACACAGCCAACAAGACCACCCACAGUAGGAGGCCAAGAGGCCUUCAGACCUCAGGCACCUUCCACUCCAGAACCCCCAGCAGGGACAAAACUCCGCCCUGACAUAAAUGUUUUUGUUAUUGAGGUCAGAGAAAACAAGACAGGACCUGAUCAUUGCAAAACAAACCCUUGCCUUAAUGGAGGCACCUGUUAUCCUACUGAAACCUCCUAUGUGUGUACCUGUGUGCCAGGAUACAGUGGCGACCAGUGUGAACUUGAUUUUGAUGAAUGCCACUCUAACCCUUGUCGCAAUGGAGCCACAUGUGUUGAUGGUUUUAAUACCUUUAGGUGCCUCUGUCUUCCGAGCUAUAUUGGUGCACUUUGUGAGCAAGACACUGAGACGUGUGACUAUGGUUGGCACAAAUUCCAAGGGCAGUGCUACAAAUACUUCGCUCACCGACGCACGUGGGACGCGGCUGAGCGGGAAUGCCGUCUGCAGGGUGCCCAUCUCACAAGCAUCCUGUCUCAUGAGGAACAAAUGUUUGUGAACCGUGUGGGCCAUGAUUAUCAGUGGAUAGGCCUCAAUGACAAGAUGUUUGAACAUGACUUCCGUUGGACUGAUGGCAGCAUGCUGCAAUAUGAGAACUGGAGGCCCAACCAGCCAGACAGCUUCUUUUCUGCUGGAGAAGAUUGUGUUGUAAUCAUUUGGCAUGAGAACGGCCAGUGGAAUGAUGUUCCCUGCAAUUACCACCUCACCUAUACCUGCAAGAAAGGAACAGUUGCUUGCGGCCAACCUCCAGUUGUAGAAAAUGCCAAGACCUUUGGAAAGAUGAAACCUCGUUAUGAAAUCAACUCCCUGAUUAGAUAUCACUGCAAAGAAGGUUUCAUUCAACGCCACCUUCCAACUAUCCGUUGCCUAGGAAAUGGAAGAUGGGCUAUGCCUAAAAUUACCUGCAUGAACCCAUCUGCAUACCAAAGGACUUAUUCUAAGAAAUACUUAAAAAAUUCCUCAUCAGCAAAGGACAAUUCAAUAAAUACAUCAAAACAUGAUCACCGUUGGAGCCGGAGGUGGCAGGAGUCGAGGCGCUGAUCCCUAAAAUGGCGAAUAUGUGUUUUCAUCAUUUCAGCCAAAGUCCUAACUUCCUGUGCCUUUCCUAUCACUUCAAGAAGUAUUAUCAGUUGGGUUUGGAUUUUUGGACCACCAUCCCGUCAUUUUGGGUUGCUAUGCUCCCAAAACAUUUUAAAUGAAAGUAUUGGUAUUCAAAAGGAAAGCAAACAAAAUGAAAGAACAUGAGGGCAGAAUGUAACCAUAUCCAGCCUGUCUAAUUUCUUUAGUUUUCUAUUUGCCUCCAGUGCAGACAAUUUUAUAACAUAUACCAGCCUACUGUACUAUUUAAAAAAACUCAAUUUCAGCAACAAUGGCAAUGUAAAUAAGAUGAUUUAAUGUUGAUUUUAAUCCUGUAUAUAAAAUGAAAAGUCACACUGAGUUUGGGCAUAUUUAAUGAUGAUUAUGGAACCUUAGAGGUCUUUAAUCAUUGGUUCGGCUGCUUUUUGUAGUUUGUUUAGGCUGGAAAUGGUUUCACUUGCCCUUUGUCAGCAAGACUAAGGAUGGCUUUUCCUGGAUAACUAGCAAUCGCAAAGUCUCGUAGGUCACUACACCAUCUCAGCCACUGGUGCAAUUUGCUUCCACAUGAUGCUGAAGCCUGGCUAAUGGGAUAACCCACAGAACUGGGGAUUGCAACGUGGAACUCUUCUUUGCUGCAUUCCAUUUCCUUCGCUUACAAGAAAGGCCUGAAUGGGGGACUUUUCUACAACCAGGAACAUUUUUUAGGGGUCAAAGUGCUAAUUAUUAACUCAACCAGGUCUACUUUUUAAUGGCUUUCGUAGCACUAACUUGCAGGUUACAGAUCAACACAUUUUAAAUGGACACAGACCUAGGACUCUGGAGGGCGGGGGAUUGUUAGAACAACACACAUUCAAAGAAAGAAAUUUUGUAUAUAUAACCAUUUUAAUCUUUUAUAAAAGUUUUGAAUGUUCAUGUAUGAAUGCUGCAGCUGUGAAGCAUACAUAAAUAAAUGAAGUAAGCCAUACUGAUUUAAUUUAUUGGAUGUUAUUUUCCUCCAAACCUGAAAAUUGACAUAGUAUGCUAGUUAUUUUCAGCAUUAACCUUUUUAUUUCCCUCACACAGUCUGGAAUCAUAUAAUCUAGGUACUUUGUCCCUGAUUAAAUAAUGUGAUGGAUAGAAUGCAUCCAGUGUUUAUUAUGAAAAGAGUGGAAAAGUGUAUAGCUCUCUGAAAAUGGUGUUUGCCCAUCCUAAGUAAGUGGCAUAUAUGUAGAAAUAGUGUGGGUAUUUCUUCCUGGUAGGUGGAGUGUUGAGUGUUGAAAUUUCUCCUUAUCUCUUCCCACUGUGUUUUCUCCCCUUUAUUUGAAUAAAGUGACUGCUGAAGAUGACUUAGAAUCAUUAUCCACUUAAUUUAAUGUUUGAAGAAAAUCCUGUAUGGAAACAUGGCAUUUAGGAGUCCUUCUCUAAUUUCACUUAAAACGACCUUGAGAGAAUUGGACAACAAAUAAAAUGCAAAUAGAAAACAGUGUAUACCCAACACUGAUUCUUUCCCACAAAACAUCUUUUGGCUUAUAUGGAACACAGUAGCUACCUUCAUACACAGUGUCUUUAGAAGUUCUCUUGGUUGCUGUAUUAAAUGUAUUCCACCUUUGGGUGCUCUCGAGCCCAGAAAUAGAGCACUGUGUUGACCUAUUAGGUUUUAAUUUUUCCUCUUUCAUUUCAAUGCACAUAAUACAUUCCUGUAUUUAUAUUAUAACAUGUAUAGUGUAAAAUGUGAAUGACUGUUUUUUUUUUGUGAAUGAAAAUCUAAAAUCUUUGUAACUUUUUAUACCUGCUUUUGUUUCACCAAAGAAACCUAAAAUCCUUCUUUUA